GGCUUUCCACCGCAUAGAAAGAAAUCAUUGAGUUUCAGCUCUUUCUCCAAACAUUUCCUCCCUUUCCCAGACCCAGACAAGGGCACACACACAGACCGGCGACCGACCACGCUAUCUAGCCAACCAUUAAGUGUGUGUGUGAGGAAGUGUGUGUGUUUUUUCUUCUUCUUCUUUGAGUAGAAAGAAUUAAGUAAGGAAAAUAAGUUGGGUAUUUGCGCUCUGUGCCUGUGUUUGAUAACCCAGGAUCCCUUUUAAAAUCCUUUCACUUGACGGUGAAACCUGGAAGUGGAAAGUUUAUAGCUCUGAAUAGUCACAGGACUUGGGGUUGCCAUGGGGUGUUGGUGGUGCUGGCUACUGGUAACCUUGCUAUGGGUUUCCACGAUAACAAACCCAUGCCUUGGCCAGAGUGGUGACAGUGGCGACUGGGGCUCUGGCUUCGAUGUCUCCAUGACGACCCUCAGCACCAACAACAACACGUCCUCCUCCCAGGAGCCAGGAGAUUACCCUGCGGGGUCAGAAACAGAGACGAGAGAAUCCUGGGUUAAAAUACUUCCACCUAAGCCAGUGUUCCACUACAACACGGAGCCAGAUGAGUGCUCCGUCCACUUCAGGAUAAUACAUGUCAAUCAAUCAAUCAAUCAAUCAAUCAAUCGCUUCAGCACCAGUCAGGCUUCCGCCAGGCGCCAGAGAGAAGAGUUGGCCUACCUGAAGGCUAUACAGCAUGGGAACCAGGCGGUGGUGGAGAACCUAGUCCAGUACAUAGGAGCAGAGCUGAGGGAGGAGCAGCGCUAUGAGGACGUCAUCGAGGAAAACAUAGUGGGCAUCAGGGAGGAGCAGCAGAGCUGUAACAGUGUAGUCCAGAAGGUGAUGGAGGAUCUGGAGGGGCAGCUGGAAGGAGAUGUACUGGAGGCUCUGACUGGGAUACGGAAAAUCAAAGAGGAGUCCCUGGCGUUCGAGGGCCUCUUCCAGGCAGCAGCAGACAUCGCCAUGAGGCUGGAUACCUUGUCUCAGACCCUCCACGCCUCCUUCACCAAACAGCUCAAAGACUCUCUCAAAACUUCACGUCGCUAAGGAGAUUGUCUGGUCUCAGAACUGUUUGUGCGGUCUCUCCAGUUCCUAUGGUCUUUGCUGUGACUCUUUUGUAGCCUGGUCUCAGAUAUGUGUGUGCAAGAGAGCACAAACAGCUAUUGGACCAGGCAACUAAGGCCUAGAUUAAAUCAGAUCAAGUGUAAAGCGGCAAUAGCCGACACCCACAUAGCUGAUGUUUUGGCGGAGGUGUAACUGCGUAGGAGCUUGUCAAAAAUUCGUUGAGCAGCAGCUCAUGUGAUCAUUGUCAUGAAGUUCAGAACAAGAAAGUAUAGGCCAUAUAGGAAUAAUUACACUGAAACUAAAAAAAAUCAUUCAAUUAAGUAAUGAAGAUUUGAUUAGCCUUAUCGAGGUGUAGAUUACAUCUCAAACGCCAGUGUUCGAAAUUUCUCUGAAUGCGACUCCUCUGCAGCCAAUUGCAAUGUCCACUUUAGGUAUAAAUCUGGGAGCCGCUUGUGGAUUAGACAGUUCUAAUGCAUUCCACCUCUGCCACUGCCAAAACAAUCGCUAUGCAGAUGUCUGCUAGCGCAGAUCUGAUGGAAUCUAGCCCUAAGUAGAACUCUCUACUCUUCUUCUCUCCCUCCUACUCUUCUUCCCUCCUUCCUGCUACUCUUCACUAGGCAAGUCAGUUAAGAACAAAUUCUUAUUUUCAAUGACGGCCUAGGAACAGUGGGUUAACUGCCUGUUCAGGGGCAGAACGACAGAUUUGUACC